CAUUCCGGAUAUUGUAAUGUCAUUCUUAAACCCAUGUGAUCAGCCUCUUUCUCGUGAUUGUGAAACAUCGGGCUUUAUCUUUAAACGGCAGACCGGCUAUCCCUGAACCACAGUCAAGAUGGUCAAGGAAGAUAAAGCAACAUGGAAGUCCAACUACUUCCUGAAGAUCGCUCAAAUGUUGGAUGAAUAUCCAAAAUGCUUCAUCGUUAACGCAGACAAUGUGGGAUCCAAACAGAUGCAACAGAUUCGUCAGGCCCUCCGAGGCAAAGGAGUUAUCCUCAUGGGCAAGAACACCAUGAUGAGGAAAGCUAUCAGAGGUCAAUUGGAGAAGAACCCAGACUUGGAAAGACUUCUUGGUUACAUCCGAUUUAAUGUCGGCAUGGUCUUCCUCAAGGGAGAUUUGGUGGAAGUGCGCGACCUCCUGUUGGCCAACAAGGUACAAGCACCAGCCCGUGCCGGAGCUUUGGCUCCACUUGAUGUCAACGUGCCAGCUCAGGCUACAGCCCUCGGUCCAGAGAAGACAUCUUUCUUCCAGGCUCUGCAGAUCCCAACCAAGAUUACCAAGGGGUGCAUUGAAAUCCUCAAUGAAGUGAACUUGAUCAAGGUCGGUGGUCGUGUCGGACAAUCCGAGUCAACACUAUUGAACAUGUUGAACAUCUCGCCCUUCUCCUAUGGUCUCCAAAUCGAGCAGGUGUACGACUCCGGAACCAUCUUCAGUCCCAGCAUCCUAGAUAUCACCGACGAUGACCUACGUGCCAAGUUUAUGAUGGGUGUAAGGAACAUUGCUGCAUUGUCACUGGCAAUUGGCUACCCCACCGCAGCCUCUGCACCUCACAGCAUAGUAAAUGGAUUCAAGCGUCUGUUGGCCAUCUCCGUGGAGACAGAUUACACUUUCCCAGAGGCUGAGAGGACCAAGGAGUACCUUGCCGACCCCUCCAAAUUCGCUUCCGCUGCCCCUGUAGCAGCUGCUGCUGCACCUGCGGCCGAUAAAAAAGCAGAGGCUAAAAAGGUGGAGUCUGAAGACGAAUCUGAUGACGACAUGGGAUUUGGUCUCUUUGACUAAAUCUUCCACGCCAGUGCUAUGAACUAUUGGAAAGUGCUGAAUACAAAAAAUUACCAUCUUUGACGAAAUUGAAUUAUCUGUUUUGGAUUCUCACAUCUAUCUUGAGUUAAGUACUGUUGAGAUCAUGCUGAGAAAAAAAGGGGAAAUAUCCACGCCAACGCAUCAUGCAAAAUGGCGAAAGGAUUUCACCAUUUAACUUAAUAAAAGAUUCAGCAAUUGAA